AUGGACUUCAUUCUUCGACGUUCGCUCCUCCAAAUGUUUCUCAUUCUCACUUUACUGCUCACUCUGUGCGCGAGCUGCCGUGCGGGAGACGCCGACUUCAAGGCUCAACUGAGCACCACCGUGGACGUGCGUGCGUUGACGUCUUCGAGGUACGAUGGCUCAGAAGCAAGGCCUUUGCUGGUCUUCCUUCACGGAUAUUGCUUGUCCGACGACGCGCAGCAAACGCUCAAGCUCGAGUCCAUGCGAAACGUGCCAGCCGUGCGUAACCGAUUGGGUAUCGCCCGUCGCCGGCAGCAAACGCUCGUCCAAAGCGGGCUACGAGAAGCCGCGCUCGACCGUAAUUGGAUUUACUUGGCGCCGCGAGCUCCCCGCACGACGCGCGAGUGUGUACUGUGUAACCUUCAGGAAAGUUCACCGAAUUCGCAAGACAGACUGUUCGGAUCGUGGAUCACGGGAAUCCUCGCACGAGACAGUCCAGAGUUUGAGUGCCGCGCGUGGGAUGGAAGUGACGCCGUAGCGCUGCCAGAGAUCUCGGCGACGGACGACCUCGACGUAAAGUACAUUCUAGAAGUCGUCGCCGCCGCGAAGAAGGAAUUCAACGUCGAUGAAAAGCGCAUUUACGUCGUUGGAAUCGCUACUGGAGGUUUCAUGGCGAGCCGCUUGGCGUGCGAAAAGCCCGAACUCUUCCGCGGCGUCGUGUCUCUCGCGGGUGGUACGUUUUCUGAUGCGUCCAGAUGUCGUCCAAAGAGCGGCGAAACAAACGUGCUCCUCGUGCACGGCACCGACGAUCACACUGUACCUAUCGAUGGAGGUGUGAACGCUCGAGGCAUACCGUUUCCAUCGGCGGACGAUUCGUUCAGCACGCUGGGUAAGGCCAUGGAUUGCUCGAACGUCGUCGCCAAGAGCAUGGACACCCUGCCCGCGGAUGGCAACAGCGUCGAAGUGCGCGUCGCCAAGGCGAAGUACGACCGAUGCGAGAACAACGUCGAUGUCGAGCAAUGGAAGUUGAACGGAGUCGAUCAUUUCAUCGAGCGUGAGACAUCGGAAGCGCUUUUUUACGACGUCGUCACGUGGUUGAACGACUUGGAUUGA